GCCACCACUCGAGCCAGCCGCCAGUGCCAAUUGGCGAUUCCCUUUUGUCAUGUCGACUGCACCGCCUCCUGCGCCGCUGACGCCGUUGACUGUGACGACCACGACCCCUCAACCUAGUGGCACCAUCAAGGCCGCGUGGACCGAAGCGCAGGUGAAGGAUCGCAUGUUCUGGUUCAAAGGCUUCAAGGACAACAAGAAGGGCGGCGUGAUCUUCGACGACAAGGACGUGCUCAAGAAGCAGCAAGGCGUGGUCAAAGACAUUAUGCUGCAGCUCGGCGCCCAGCUGCUCAGUGGAAAGCUGGCGGUGCGUCUGUCGCUGCCCAUUCGUCUGUUCGAACCUCGGUCUCUCCUCGAACGCAUUCCCGACGCUUGGGCCUACGCCCCUACGCUCCUGGCCAAGGCGGCACACGCCACGGAAGCCCUGGACCGACUGCAACACGUGAUGGCGUUCGUCGUCGCAGGCUUGCACUUUUGCGUCGGCCAGAGCAAACCGUUCAACCCGAUCUUGGGCGAAACAUACCAAAGCACGUUCCCCGACGGCACGUCCGUGUACUUGGAGCAUGUGCAGCAUCACCCACCCGUGAGCGCGUACUACGUGGAAGGUCCUUUGAAGCUCUUUACCUUGUCUGGACAGUGCGAAUUCGAAGCGCAUUUGGCUGCCAAUACCCUUGUCAAUGCUCAGACUGGCACAGUCAAGGUGCAAUUUGCCAACGGAUCGGAAGUGCAGUAUGCCAUGCCCAAGUUCAAAAUGCAUGGAGUGGUGCUAGGCGAGCGAAUGUUUGAGUUUACAGGCGAAUGCCACUUCCACGACGUCUCGUCCGACCUUCGCGGCACUCUAGACAUGGACGGGAACUCGUCGUUCUUGGGGCGGAGCCACCACGACGACAUCACGGGCACGAUCGUCGCGCCCGCUACCAAGGGCGCCAAGCCACAUGUAGUAGCCAAGCUCACUGGCUCGUGGCUCAACCACUUGCACGCGAACGGCGUUGUGUUGUGGGAUAUGGCCACGUCGCCCGUGUACUUGCACGUACCAGUGGCCACCCCCCUGCCCAGCGACGUGCGGUUUCGAGCUGACCUGAUCAGCCUCAAGCAGGGGGACAUGGACGAAGCGCAGCGCCAGAAGAUCGUCAUGGAGGAGGACCAGCGCCGCGACCACCGCCUAAGGGGGCACGACGACGGCGGCGGUAACAAGCGCCACAGCACCCCUAAACGUUAGAGCGUAAAUCGUACGUAGAGUGAGCCAGAUUGCAGAGACUAGAACUUUCGGCCCCAAUGGAAACUCCACAAUCUGCGACAGCGUCUUGUUCAUUUCGAUGACGUGGCACGCGGACAUGUGCCGACCAUAAUUACACAUUUCA